CGGCGUGAACGGUCUACGCGAAACUAUUGUGCGUAUAACCUUACGAUUGAAGUUUAUGGAUUUUUCAAUAUAUUUGUAUGUAUAUAAUAUAUAAAAUAUAAUAAUAAAAGUAUUGUUAGUUUGUGUUUUAUUUGAAAAUGGUGUAUUAUUUUGAAAGUGAUGUGGUGGAACCACCUGUAACUUUAUUUAUGGGUGUUGACAAGCACGAAAAUGAAGAUCUUAUUAAAUGGGGAUGGCCGGAAGAUGUUUGGUUUCACGUAGACAAGUUUUCGUCAGCUCACGUGUAUUUAAGACUUCGAUGUGGCCAGACAAUUGAUGACAUUCCAAGUUCAGUGUUGGAAGAUGCCGCACAACUCGUUAAAGCAAACAGUAUAGAAGGAAAUAAAAUGAAUGAUAUAGAUGUUGUUUAUACAAUGUGGCAUAAUCUAAAGAAAACUCAAGGAAUGGAUGUUGGACAAGUGAGUUUUCAUAAAGAAAAAGAAGUCCGUAAAAUUCAUGUUUCAAAACGUCUAAAUGUAAUAGUAAAUCGAUUGAACAAAACAAAAAGAUCAGAACAAGUUAAUUUUCGAGCAGCGAGAGAAGAAAGAGACAGGAAGGAGCGAGAAGAUAAGAAGAGGAUUCUGAGGGAGCAGAAGGAUAAAGAAAAGGAAGAAGAGAAACGACGUCAAGAAGAAGCAGAAAUGAGGAGUUAUAAUUCGUUAUUUAAGAACGCAAAAAUGACUACGAAUACGGAUAAUUCUGGUUAUGACUCUGACGAAUUUAUGUGAUAUAAAAUCUUUCCGAAAGGAUUUCAAUUCUACGGAUUUACUAUCAUUUCAUGGACUGAAUCGGCGCAAAAAUGCAUCUUAACAUUUAAGUAAAUAAAAAUUAAGUGUUUAUUAUAUAUUUUCAUUAAGAUUUUUUUAAUAAAAAUUAUUUCAAAAUCUAAAUUCAGAAUCAAAAUUGAGUUGAACAAAACACCAGAUUAAAAAAAAAUAUAUUUUCUGGAAAUUUUAUUUGUUAUAUCCCGAAAUAUAUACUAUAGAUAAAAAUA